CAGCCGUCAAGAAAACGUUGUUUACCGUUUUUAUUCGUUCAAAGUGUAGUUUCAUCACUCUUCAUGAAAUGAACAUGAGGCGGUUUCGUACGGAUUUUGGUUGAUUUAAUCUUUAUUUCUGGCAGUGAUUUUAAGUGACUUUUAAAAGCUUCCAGGCGUAGCUCAUUAUUUGCCACGUGUGCCCCAUACUAUCAGCCUAACGGUGCGCAUCAAAAAUUAAGUAAUUCAUCGGGAUUUUAUAAAGAUUACUCGGGGUUAUGUUUGACCCCCGACUGUUCAUCAGGAUUGCCGUUUUUUUUGUUUACAGCAUACAGUGAUCAUCCUGAGAUCAUUAAGGAUAAAAUGUUAAAUAAAAUAUGAAUUAUAUUGUCCUUAUGAAUUAAAUUAUGCAUUCGGUGUCCAUUUAUUAAUUAUUAAUAAAGUUCUGAAUAACGCUAAGGAUUAAUAAUUGAUGUUUACUGUUUUACUUGUUGGUGUAUAUCGUAAUAUAUGCAUUUGAACAUGGAUUCCGUCAGUUUAAUCUCUUAUUUUGUGUAACUCUUCAGCUUUCACCUUUACAGUCACACACACACACACACACACACAAACCCGAUCUUCACGGUCUUUUUCCUAAGCCAGUCUGGAGGCGUGACCCUGUGCUUUGGCAGACGGUCCCGGGAAGCUUUACCCUGGUUGACUGAAAUAUGUCUUCCUUAGCACGUCCCCACGCUGGUCAUUGUAACACAGACCACCCCCUGCUUAGAAGACCGAUCCCCGUAAUGCAGUAUUGCUGCUAUCGCGGAGCCGUAAUGCGUGUUGGGGGUUUAUAUACCUACAAUAAUACUGAUUUUAUUGUCUCCUGGCCCGAGUUUUCCACGCCAAUACAUUCAGGCUCCGACUUCAAUGAUUGCUGUCGCACCUUCAGAUAAAUAAUUAGAGCGGUUUCUUUAUAUAUGACCUUAUGUGUAAACUUGUCGUUGUAAACUAUAUAAUGGUUGAUGGUACGCUGUGAAUUAAAAUAUGAAGGCUGAACUAUGGUUACCGCAGUAUGAUGUUGCAAUGCCCCUUUCACGAAGAAACAGCUGCUUUAAAUAUCGACUCAGACAGCUGGCCCCAAUCCUUUAAAAGGAAAAAUUAAAAAUAAAUUUUCAUUACGGUGUCAUUUAAGCGCAGGCAGAGCCAGAGUCCUGUCUCCAUGGCCGGGUCACGGUCUGCAACGAAAUUGCACACAGACUUCCGCUGCUUUUCUUUUUCUCCUGUUUGCCUCAAGACGCUUUUUGUCCUGAUUUUCGGGUUUCCUCUGGACAGUCCUCACUUUUGUUCAUUUUGGAGAAAGAACCAUGAAACAAACCAGAUGGCUGUAAAGGCAUGCCCCCCCAGCACAGAAUGACCACUGGACCCCAGCAGACCUGCCCACCCAGGUUCCGAGGACAGAGCCCCAGCCUCUCUUACCAUUACAUUUUGUUAUAGAGUCCUUAAGGCUUUUUCCUUGUUGAUUUUUAAUUGCUAACAUUACCUGCUCUUUUCCUCUCUGGCCAGUUCUAGUUGGAUCUGUGGGCCAGCUGUACUGGCACCACAUGGAACGGAUGCUCAGCUCUCAUUGGCUGCUGAUCCUGACACAAUCGGUGGUGCUCAUUGGUUGUUCCUGGUUUGUUAUUAGAAGCAAUUGACCAAUCCUUCCUGCGGAGAGUUCAAUAUGCUCCCUGUUUAAGUUUAUUUAGCAGAUGCUUUUCUCCAAAACCACGGAGGAAGGCCUGGGUCAGGCAGCAUCCCUGGGGCAGUUGGGGAUAAGGCUCAAGGCACAAGGACUCAACAAUGAUAUGUUUAUUUUGCCAGCCUGAGGACUCAAACCCAUGACCUUCUGGACAUAGAGACAGAUCCUUACCCACUAAGCGCUACAAUACCCAUCAAACCCAGACUGCGGAGGCAGGCAGAAAUCAUUCGGGGAGGAGUGACCCCCCCCCCGCCCCCCAUGAGUUUCUGCCUAAGCUCCAAUUCCAGCUCCUCUAUUUAGGGGAAUCCUUUCAUGCUUAAGGAGACACAGACGUCAUUCUCCAAAGCUUUAUCAAAUUUAUGGGCUUAUUUUUGGGCUACGAAGAACAGUCAGGGUUUCGAAUGAUGUAGAAGGCGUUUUCUCAUAAUUAAACUCCAAGGGGACUAUUUCCCCCAGAAUGCAGUACGUGUUUUUGUGCCUUGGCGCUGGGGAAGUUAAAUCAUUGCAUGUAAACAGGGACAGCUGGCUUAGCUUUGGGGACACACUGUUAUUUAGUGAUGCUUCAUAUGCAAACCUUGUGGUCUUUUACGAGUCAGUUCCAGGAACUGUAUAAACAGUCAGAAAAAUAUCCAGUGCCUAAACCCAGUUUAUUUUGGAUAAUAAGUUAGAGAAGGACUGGGAAGUGCUUGUUUUAAUUAAGGGGCGAUACUUCUGCCAGAGAGCGAUCAGUUUCAUCAAUGAAUUCUGGAGUCGCAUGACUGCAAUCGUCAUGAAACAUUCAGGAAGUUAAUGGAGAACUUGCAUGUUUGUAGAUUGGUGGGAUUCACCCUGAGCUACCAGUCACUGCCUGUGUGUACCCAGUGAGACCCAGGUAAAAGACCAGUGGGACCAGUGAGUGUCACAGCAUAAUCGGGGUCAGGGGGCGUUUGGAAUCCCUGCUUCCCCUGUCAGCUGUCCCUUAAAAUCUGUCUUGUUUUUCCUCAUCCUCUGCUCAUGUGCCUGGCAUGACACAGGAACAGCGAGGCAUAUCUGGGAGGGGGUGUUCCUGAACUGCGUUUGAAUGUUUAAUGAUUUAUUUAUAACACCUGCAGACAGACGCAGCCCUCUCAUUCUCCCACAGGACAUCACAGGUCUGUCUGUUAGCUUCAGCCAAGUCGCCAGUCACCUGAGUGCUUUCAUUGCUAAUUUAAGUUGCAGGAGUUAGGCAGCACUGAGCAGCAGGUCCUGACCACAUGUGAAUACAUGGACAACAUGUCCUUGUGGAAACGUUUUCCCACAGGAAACGUAAACCCUGAGAAGGAAUGUUCCAGGAAUGUUUGCAUGAGAGUAGCCCGGCCCAGCCUGUGGCCAAGGCCCUUCUUCCCAGCUGGUGUGUACGGCUCCAGCAGUCCAUGGAGGCGGGUGGAGACUGGGAACGAGCCGCCCCCGACCCGUCACCCCCCCGCCGUCGCCCGACAGCUGUGUAGGCUCCUCGCUCACCGCUCUCCAGCAGCUUCAACUCACGGUGCAGUGGGAAUGCAAGGCUCCCAGUCAGCUGGGUGUCAGUGAAGCGUGCUAGGGUGUUCCUGGGGGGGUGGGGGGCAUGCGUGCGUGCGGGCAAACGGGCGGCACCCUGCUGUCCUGCCUGCUGUGCGUGGCAGUGCCAGCGCUGCUACGGCCCGACGCCAAGCUGGCGUACGUGACGGAGGGUAGGUUGUGUACCUGCAGCUGCUCGCGGGAUCUGGUCGCCUGCAGUGCCAUCGGACACCCAGAAUGCAAGUGCACGGACUGGCCUCAGUCCGGCCUAAAUGGCCCCGACGGCUCCAGACCCCUGACCGAGAAGCGCCUCACCGUCCUUUAUACCUCGCCGCUCAACGUCGCCCUCUUGUUGAACAACUCGGAAGUUCACCACCUGUCGCUGGUCAAGUGCAGUGACACUGGGGGCAAGGUCCCCACCCAGGACUACUUUGCCGUCCUGAAGCUGGAGAAGCUGACAGUCUCGUACCCACUUCUCCAGGCCAGCCAAAGCCAUGAUUUUGUCCUGGGGACCCCCUAUCAUGACGGAGAGACAGUCAGCAUCAUCCACAUGUCUGUCCUGAUGGGGAAGCCCUCCCUCAAGGCUUACACCAUACAGGCCAAAACAGACAGCAACGGGCUCCUUCCUUUCGCCAGUCUGUGUGUGUCACCCAUCAGGCUUCCAGAACCUUCUAGAAUGUUUGUAACAUUUCUAUACUGAAGCAAAUGCUGCAAAACCAGAGGCACUGGAGUUCCUAGAUUGUUUUUAAAAAAGCUUUUAGAAGUCUAGUAACUUUUUGUAUCUAAUUUCACUUAGAAAACAUUUUUUUUGAGACAACCAAAAAGAGUCAUGUAGUCAUAGAAUCGGGAGAAAAUAGAUAUUUGGCGCAGUAUGUAUGUUUUACCUCUGGUUUAUGUAAUCACGAUUUAUUCCAAAUCUGCAGACACCUGAGUAACAAAAGCAACCAGCUCUGUUCGCACCAGAUAAACUGGACAGUCAGCCAGCAGUGACAUCAUUCGCCUGCUCACAGGCUCCAGUGGAACCUGAAUGUAAACUGUGUCCUGAAUGCAAGUCCUGUUUAGCACCAUUAGCAUGACAUGCUCACCAACGUGCCGCACAGAUGUGGGUGUGUAACUGUUUGUAUGUCUGUAUAACAGAUGCAAUGCUAUCAUAUCUACUUUGCUAAUCAAUUUGUUUCCAAAUAAACUGUGUUUUUCUUCAUUUUCUCAGA